AUGCUCGCAUGUUUGCUUGUCCUUGCAUCAUUAUGUAACCUAGCUAAUGGAGGUGCUGUGGAGAUAGAUGUUUGCCAUAUGUUUGUUCCUGUACCUCCACAAGGUGCAGGCGUA